AUGGCUUCCUCCAAUCUCAGCCCAUUUGGAAACAAUCAGAAUUCCUCCCGCCACAGCCGAUUCUCGCAGCCGGCGGCCCCAAAAGCUUUUCCUUCGUCCCUGCAACAUGGCUCUUCCGUGGAAAAUUCAGCGUCGUCCUCCGCAGCCCUGUUGAACAGAAUCAAAGAACUCGAGAGGCUCCUGCGGGAGGAAGAAGGUGUAGACACACGACGAGUCUUUUCAAAAGUUCAGCUGGACACGGUGGUGACGAUUCCGACCGAAAGAGAAAGCGAUGAUGAUGAUGUCAUGGCCAGUGUCAACACUGCAGUCCUCCAGGCCUGUAACGGUGACAUUGAACGAGCCCAGUCCAUGGCUCGGAAACUAGGACUCGAGAAACCGAUCAGCGACCUCGAGAUCGACGAAGAGUCUGAUGAAUCUUCAAGCGAUUCGUCGUGUGCAGGUGAUGCCUUGUCCAAGAAUCCCGUAAACAAAAUUGCGGCAUUGACAGCGUGA